UCUGCCCACACUCAACAUGGCGAGAGUAGCCACAUGUUCCCUCAGUUUCUGUAACCUCUGGAACGGGGCGUGAAAGCGAGGAGGGCAGCGGGUGUUUUCCAAGUCGCUCGCGGUGGUGCGUUGGGCGGGGGAGCGAAACUGUCCUCCAAACCGGCAAGCCCAGCCAAGGCCUAGUGGUGAGGUCAUGAGCCGCGGAGCUGGCGGCGGCAGCAACAUCGGCGGGGCGGAAGUCUUCCGCUUACCCGGCCGCCACGGCUACGCAGUAGAGUACUCACCCUACUUGCCCGGGCGCUUGGCCUGCGCCGCCUCGCAGUACUACGGGAUUGCAGGUUGCGGAACACUGGUAAUAUUGGAACAAAGUGAUGCUGGGAUUAAUCUACUCAGGAGUUUCGACUGGAACGAUGGCCUAUUUGAUGUGACAUGGAGUGAGAACAAUGAACAUGUGCUGGUCACUUGCAGUGGGGAUGGAUCUUUACAAAUCUGGGAUACAACACAACCCACAGGUCCACUGCAGAUCUUUAAGGAGCACACUCAGGAGGUUUACAGUGUUGAUUGGAGCCAGACUAGAGGAGAACAGCUAAUAGUAUCUGGAUCAUGGGAUCAAACAGCAAAAAUGUGGGAUCCUACUGUGGGACAGUCAGUAUGUACUUUUAAAGGCCACGAGGGUGUCAUUUAUAGCACAAUAUGGUCUCCGCACAUCCCAGGCUGCUUUGCAUCUGCUUCAGGUGACCAGACUUUAAGAAUUUGGGAUGCUAAGGUACCAAGACUCCCAACAAUAAUUCCAGCUCACCAGGCUGAGAUUUUAAGUUGUGACUGGUGCAAAUAUGAUCAGAACUUGCUGGUAACAGGUGCUGUAGACUGCAGUUUGAAAGGCUGGGAUUUGAGAAAUAUCCGGCAACCAGUAUUCAGUCUCUUUGGCCAUACUUAUGCUAUAAGAAGAGUAAAGUUUUCACCAUUUAGCUCCACUGUAUUGGCAUCCUGUUCCUAUGAUUUUACUGUAAGAAUCUGGGAUUUCUCCAAGCUCAACCCUCUGCUUGAAACUGUGGAACAUCAUACUGAGUUUACUUGUGGCCUGGAUUUGAGCUUGCACCAUCCUGGUCAGGUGGCAGACUGUUCUUGGGAUGAAACAGUGAAGAUCUAUAGCCCUUCUUCAUUUGUAAUUUCUGCAUAAAGUGGUAUAUUCCAUGGAAGAAAGCAAAUUUGGAAGGAAUCACUUCCAGUUUCCCAAAGCAGCAUUGAACAGUUACAGGAUAUAUUGGAAUCUUUAUCACUUUCUGAUUUCUUAAAAUAUAAUUUCAUGUUUUAAAAUCA